AUGCAAAUUGGCCCAAUUUUUCAUCUAGUCAUCGAAUCGGUGGGGCGGGACAAGAAUCUGAGCACUACGGCAAAGCGUGAGAAAACUCUCAAAAGCAUUGGUUCACUUAAACAGAAGAGACUGAAUGAAGUGGAGUUUCCGGUGAAAGCAGCACGAACUGAGACAUAUAAGCAACUGGUCACAACAGUUGUUGAUGUUGGCCCCCCAGCUGAUUGGGUGAAAAUCAACAUACGUGAAACUAAAGAUUCUUUUGAGGUGUAUGCGCUGGUGCCUGGGCUUCUGCGUGAAGAGGUGCGAGUUCAAUCAGAUCCUGUUGGACGAAUAGUCAUAACAGGUCAUCCUGAGGAACCUGACAAUCCGUGGGGUGUCACACCAUUCAGGAAGGUGGUGAGCUUACCUGCACGAAUUGAUCCAGUUCACACUUCUGCAGUUGUUAGCCUGCAUGGACGUCUAUUUAUUCGUGUUCCUUUUGAGCAGUCAACAACAUAA